AUGGCGUGUGUGUGCGGCUUUCUUGGUGGAAGACCGUGGGGAUCCGGUUGCCAAUUGCCUAAUGGACAAUUUAUGGGCAGAGCUUUACGCAAGGAGUACCGAGUAAUGACUGAUGAUGAGCGAAAU